CUGCGCCUCCGGCUGGCCCUCUCGCAGGGUUUUCCCCCUCCCCACCACCAUUUGCAUCUUGCCGAAAGCCGGGCCCUCCCCGCUCAUUUGCAUAUCUUAUAUGGCCUAAUGGUGGCGGUCAUGGCAAGUUAGAAGUUUUCUGACUCCUCUCGGAGGAGACUCCGGGACCCCAAGGGAGGAACAGGUGUUUGGAGGUUGAAGGGUGGAGGGGUUCCAGGCCUUGGGGGUUCACUCGUGAAGCUCCCCUCCACCCUCCUUUAUCACACCCCACCGACAUCCACCUACCCUCUCUGGUCCCCCCUCCCCCCAUUUUUUUUUUCCUGUCCUUGGAAAAUGGUGUCCAAGCUCACGUCGCUCCAGCAAGAACUCCUGAGCGCCCUGCUGAGCUCCGGGGUCACCAAGGAGGUGCUGGUCCAGGCCUUGGAAGAGCUGCUGCCCUCCCCGAACUUUGGGGUGAAACUAGAGACGCUGCCCCUCUCCCCCGGCAGCGGGGCCGAUCCCGACACCAAGCCGGUCUUCCAUACACUCACCAACGGCCACGCCAAAGGCCGCUUGUCCGGGGACGAGGGCUCCGAGGACGGCGACGACUAUGACACCCCACCCAUCCUCAAGGAACUGCAGGCGCUCAACACCGAGGAGGCGGCCGAGCAGCGGGCCGAGGUGGACCGGAUGCUCAGUGAGGACCCUUGGAGGGCUGCCAAAAUGAUCAAAGGCUACAUGCAGCAACACAACAUCCCCCAGAGGGAGGUGGUGGACGUCACAGGCCUGAAUCAGUCACAUCUCUCCCAGCAUCUCAACAAGGGCACCCCCAUGAAAACCCAGAAGCGAGCAGCACUGUACACCUGGUACGUCAGAAAGCAACGGGAGAUCCUCCGACAGUUCAACCAGACAGUCCAGAGCUCUGGAAAUAUGACAGACAAAAGCAGUCAGGAUCAGCUGCUAUUUCUCUUUCCAGAAUUCAGUCAACAGAGCCAGGGCCCUGGGCAGUCCGAUGACUCCUGCUCUGAGCCCACCAACAAGAAGAUGCGCCGCAACCGGUUCAAAUGGGGGCCCGCUUCUCAGCAAAUCUUGUACCAGGCCUACGACCGACAAAAGAACCCCAGCAAGGAAGAGAGGGAGGCCUUAGUGGAGGAAUGCAACAGGGCAGAAUGUUUGCAACGAGGUGUCUCUCCCUCCAAAGCCCACGGCCUGGGCUCCAACUUAGUCACUGAGGUCCGUGUCUACAACUGGUUUGCCAACCGUAGAAAGGAAGAGGCAUUCCGGCAAAAGCUAGCCAUGGAUGCCUACAGCUCCAACCAGACACACAACCUGAACCCCCUGCUCAGCCAUGGCUCCCCCCACCACCAGCCCAGCACCUCUCCUCCAAACAAGCUAUCAGGAGUUCGCUACAGCCAGCAGGGAAACAAUGAGGUCACUUCCUCUUCAACAAUCAGUCACCAUGGUAACAGUGCCAUGGUGACCAGCCAGUCAGUUUUACAGCAAGUCUCCCCAGCCAGCCUGGACCCCAGCCACAAUCUCCUCUCACCUGAUGGUAAAAUGCAGAUAUCAGUCUCGGGAGGAGGUUUGCCUCCAGUCAGCACGUUGACGAAUAUCCACAGCCUCUCCCACCAUAAUCCCCAGCAGUCCCAGAACCUCAUCAUGACCCCCCUAUCCGGAGUCAUGGCCAUUGCACAAAGCCUCAACACCUCCCAAGCACAGAGUGUCCCCGUCAUCAACAGUGUGGCUGGCAGUCUAGCAGCCUUGCAGCCCGUCCAGUUCUCGCAGCAGCUGCACAGCCCCCACCAGCAGCCCCUCAUGCAGCAGAGCCCAGGAAGCCACAUGGCCCAGCAGCCCUUCAUGGCUGCAGUGACUCAGCUACAGAACUCUCACAUGUACGCACACAAACAAGAACCUCCCCAGUAUUCCCACACCUCCCGGUUUCCAUCUGCCAUGGUGGUCACAGACACCAGCAGCAUCAGUACACUCACCAACAUGUCUUCCAGUAAACAGUGUCCACUGCAAGCCUGGUGAUGUCUGCAUAUCACUUAAUUUGUGCGCAGCAACAAGGACCCUAUUUUCUGCACCAUCACCCUUUGGACAGCUGUCAUGGAAAAGUCCAUUGAGCUGACAAGCACCCAUGAGAGGUCCCUGCUUGCCUGACACCUGGCUGGUACCUUGGACAAUCCGCUCUUAGGAGGUGCAGCCCAAAGCCCAGCUUUCUUGCUCUGCAGUAUUGUCAUGGCGCCUCUCCUAAGAUGUCAAGUGCUCCAGUCUGACUCAAACAUGGGUCACCUGAAACCAUGCAAGAGGAAGCAAGAAGGUGGUGGAGUCUCUAUGAACCUUCGUCGGACAAACUGAUGUCAGACAAAACUUGAAUCUGUUACUGAAACAAGGAGAGAUGGACCACGUGCUAUUGAACUGAGCCAAACACAUUGUAAAUACCAACAAACUCCCUCUCCUGCCCCCAUCCUAAGUGAUCUGGAGAUUUCUUUUAAAGAAGUAAAUUUGUCCAAUGGGUGUAAUGUAAACUGUAAAAAAAAAUACUGUAAUUAAGUGCAAUUUCCCCCUUGACAUCAACUCCCCCCAUCCUGUAUAUAAUAGUAAAAUGUCUACUAGUUUUCUUUGGAAAGGUCAGAGUUGAAAUUUCAAAAGUGAUUUUUCUCCUCCUGCUUCCCACCUAAAGUGGGAAGUGAAGUACAUUCUCCCCUUGCUCAGGCCUGACACACAUGAUGGCUCCAAUGUCCUGAUCUUAACGAAGACCUUUGCCUCCUGGAGGGGGGUGGCACGUGGUGUCGGAGGGAUAUCCUAACUUCUUAAGGGGCUAGGUCUAGCCAGUGUAGUCCCAAUGAACCCCAGGGCAGGGACAGCCAUCUCAAGGAGCCUCCCAUUAAAGCAAUUUAUUUUGUCACUGUC